AUGAUUCUUGAUGCGAAACAUGCGUCCGAGACGAAAGUGGGCAAGGAAAUAUCCAAGAUCAAGGGCAAGAUGGAGGAGAGUCCGAGCUCCGGGCUAAAGGGGAUGAGGGUGAGACUCUGUCAGGCCAUGGCUGAGAAGAUUAAGAUGAUCAAUUCGGAUCUCCAGUCGAGCAUUGCCAAGCUUGAGGAAGUUUGGGAGGGCGAGGUUGGGACGCUGAAGCACGAGCUGUGGCAGACCAUCCAGGCCCACAACCACAACGCGGACCUCCUGAAGCACCACAAGGACGCCAUAGACCAAGUCCAGAGCCGAAUGACGGAUAUGGCCGACGCCUCGGUGCACUUGCAGCUCUUGCAGGUUGACAAGGUGCUUCAGAGAGAAAUGGCGAAGGAGCAACAGAUGGAUCAGUUGAUGGCGCGCUUGACAGUCGUGCAGCAGCAGCUUAUGUCGGUUUGGGCAGGCGCAUCCACAGGAUCUUCGGCAUUUUUGGCAGCUCAGGCCGCUGGUGGAGCAUCUCUUCAAAGUGCCCUCGCGGCCCAGGCCAGGGCGGCACCCGCCGCUAGCAGCAAGAAGGCCCAGAAGAAGGUGACGAAGACCACCAAAGGCGCCAAGGCGUCCGCAGCUUCUUUGGCGGCGGCCGCCUCCUUGCGAGCUGAGGCCUUGCGCGGGCGUUGGCUCUUUCUUAGGAAAAGGAGGAUUCCGCGAGCUCUUCUCAAGAGUCUCAAAAGUUGUCCUCGAUGGUCUCUAAGAGGUGUUUUUGCAUAUUGUCCUUGUGGACCUUUCGGGAGUCUUGAGAUGGGAAGAGCCGCUGGGGAAGGGGCUUUGGAGUUCUUGCUCCUCAACACGUCUUCGGCUAUAGACAUUGUUCGUUUCUGGGUGGUGUUUCUUUUUUUGCUCGUAAGACCUUGA